AAAGCUCUUCAUCCCUCCUCUGCAGCGUCCUCCUCCUCGGAUGUGCCAUCCGAUCUGAAUGCCAGUAAAAAAAAUGAAAAUGCAACCUCACCAGAGAUAGGCCCUCCGCCUCGGUUCAUCAUUGGGGUGGCUUUAACUUUGGGGUUCACCUUAAUGUUUGUAGUGGAUCAGAUUGGAAGUUACCUCUCCAUGCGUGACCAGACCACUCGUUUGCCUAACAGUGUCGGCAUCACGGCCACUCUGGGACUGGUUAUUCAUGCUGCAGCUGAUGGAUUCGCUGUGGGUGCAGCUGUGGCCACGGGUCAAGUGACAGUGCAAGUUAUAGUAUUUUUAGCUGUGAUUCUACACAAGGCACCUGCAGCUUUUGGUUUGGUCUCCUUUCUGAUGCAUGCAGGCCUUGAAAAAAAGUACAUUCAGGGACACUUA